AUGUCUGAUAAACCUGAUGUGGCUGAGAUCAAGAAAUUUGAUAAGUCAAAAUUGAAGAAGAUGAAAAUGCAAGAGAAAAAUCCACUGCAUUCCAAAGAAAAGAUCGAACAGGAGAAACAAGCAGGCAGGGCGUAA